UGCGUAACUCGGAUGUUGGACAAAUUGAGCGCAGCCCCGAUUCUUGCGUGUGUUUACCAUGUGACUCCGAGGAUACGUCACCGCCGGAGCGACUCUUUUAAUCUGCGGUCGGUGCUGUUGUUUUGAUGCUGUGCAAUUAGAUACAAAAUCGCUACUAGUGCGACAGCGAGCCAGCUGUUUCGGAAAAGUUACGACGUUUAAUACAUUUUGUAUCUUCUUUUGGUUUUACAAAAUGCAUUCCGUCAUGGUGUGCAUUCCUUCCUUCCGAUCCGAGGACAGCGCGUUGGAGAAGGGAUACACGGUUUUCAAGAUUGAGGUGUUGAUGAGCGGACGGCAGCACACGGUAGAAAAGCGCUACAGUCAGUUCCACACACUGCACAAGAUGCUGAAGAAAAUUAUAAAAACACCUGAAAUCCCUUCCAAACAUGUUCGCAAUUGGGUUCCCAGGGUCCUGGAACAGCGACGGCAGGGACUUGAGCUAUACCUGCAGACAAUAAUUAAUGAAAAUGAAGUUCUACCGAAAGUAUUUUUGGAUUUCCUUAAUAUUCGCCACUUUCCCUCAUUACCAAAAACCGAGAGUUGUGGAUCUUUUGAAACGGAAUCUGAGGAAUCAAGUAAACUGUCCCAUCAGCCUGUGCUACUCUUCCUGCGGGACCCAUACGUGCUGCCUGCAGCUGAUGAUAUAUGUUCAAAUGUCGUUAUAGAAGGUGUUAUACAUGGAAUAUUCUACCCAGACCUUCAACCAAGAUAGACUCCAAUCAAGAUGGCAACCAUGGAAACCAGCUCAAACUAUAGGAUAAAAGGGAUGCAAGAAAACUGUACUUCUAUAUUCAUUUAUAUGUACAUUUACGGUUAUAUGGAUUGGAAAAAUAUGUACAAAUUCUGAAUUUUCAUAAGAGAUAUAUAGAUUUGUAAUUUACUAAAUAAGUCAGAAUGAAUACUGUGACCAACUUACAACUGUGACUAGUUUGCUAACCACAAACUAAAAACAUGAUUGCUUGCCACCUUUAUGGUUUGCCAUGUCUUUGAACAUUUGAAAUAGUUUUCCUAAGUGGGAAAGGUGGAAAAGGAAAGGCUGCCAAAUCACAUCAAGUAGGUCUUCAAAUAACACUAUUUAAAUUAAUGCAAAUGUUCAUGGAAUUCUUCUUUACUUUUCUAACAAAAAUAUUUUUGGUUGAAAUAUACAGUGGAAAAAGAAUCUUUUUAAAUGUAUGGUGCUUUCAUGCUUAAUACUUGCAGUUCAAUUUAUUGCUUAUAUGACUUUGCGAAAGAGGGAUACACUACUGUAGUAAUAUUGAAAAUAAACAGCUACUAAAAUGUAAAUUAAAUGCUCGAUGCCUUUUAGUAUCUAAAAAUG